CGCGUACGCGCGCGUGCCCGUGGCAGUCAGAGAGAAAAGCCACACUAUGAUGGUGUCUUUAGGGUUCAGUGCCAAACAGACACACUGGCCUGUUGACCGAACCGCCUUGUUUGACAGCUAAGGAUCCAAAAUGAUUUUUGUUGCUUGUUAAAAGAAAAAUAACUCGGAUGUACAUUAAAUAAGCGUAUGUUAGUAAACACCGUGGCUCACUUUCAGCUUCUUGUUAGUUAGCUAAUGCAAUGCAGCCACGGAGAGUUACCCGGAUGUCCGCCUGACACUGCUAUCACCAUGGCCGUGACACAGUUUCGUCUGUUUAAGAUCUGCACAUGCAUAGCAUCCAUCCUGUCAUUCUUUAAAAGGCUCAUAUGCAGAACUGGGAGAUCACGCAAGCGAAGUGGAGAUCAGAUCACACUCCCUACUACAGUUGAUUUUUCCUCUGUUCCCAAACAGCCAGAGAUCGAGGAGUGGAGCUCAUGGGAUGAAGAGGCGCCGACGAGUAUAAAGAUCGAGGGAGGUAAUGGAGCUGUUCCAUCCCAGCAGAACCAGGUGGAGGAUAAUGAGCCUGAUUAUUUCAAAGACAUGGCUCCUACAAUCAGGAAAACACAAAAAAUUGUCUUGAAGAAAAGGGAGCCUGUGAAUUUCUCUCUUCCUGAUACCACUACAGGAUUCUCAAGCAGACUGGCGGUCACUCAGGAUAUGUCCUUUAUCCAGCCUUCUGCAGAGCUGGGAGACAUGGAAACCUGGCAAGAGGACACGAAUGCCUGGGAGGAUGAGUCUGAUGCUUCAUGGGAGGCAGAAGAAGUGUUAAGACAGCAGAAGAUGGCAGAGAGGGAGAAGCGUGCCAUGGAACAGCAGAGGAAGAAGAUGGAGAAAGAGGCACAGAGAAUGUUAAAGAAGGAGCAAAAGAUGGCAGUAAAGCUUUCCUAACAUUUUUACGCAACACUGGACAUUAAAACCCCCCCUACAUUAUUCUCCAACUGUAUCUUUCAUCACUUUUUAUUUCCAGCUCAACAUGCCAUUGUUUUCAUGUCUUCAGCCAUCAUUUUUGGAAUCUGUUUAACUUUUUUCUUUUUAAGUUUUCCUGAAUUACUGUGUUUUUUCUUUUAUCGUGUAGAACCCAAUGUACCCUUUAUUGAAAUAAAUUGUACAAUGCCAUCAGCUGACAGCCAAUAGUACACAUACUGAAGGAGCUGGAGCUUUAGUGCAUUUGUAUUUAUAUCUAUAAAAAAUUAACUGUAAA